CUGCCGCGCCCUCUGCCGCACUUGUCCCACUGCGCGCCCCCUGGAGCGCCGCGCACCCCUGGGACCUUUGCGUUCUCCGGGUGCCCAGCAUAACCCGAGAGCCUUGCGCACCCCGGGAUUCGGUACUGCCCCAGGAACCCUGCGUGCCCCUGGACCCCUACGCAGCUCAGGGACCCCCGCGCGCCCCAAGACCCUGCGCGCCCUCAGAAUCCCCGGGCUCGGCCAACGGGGCUGCGCGCCCUGGUGAGGGGCCCCGCCCCAGAGGGUCCCCCUCUUCCAACAGUCGGAGCCCCGCCCCAGAGGGACCCCCAGGUCUGAUAGGGACAUCCAGCCACGCCCCAGAGGGCUUCCAGCAUCCCGAGGCUGGAGCCCCGCGCUCCAGAGGCUCCUCAGUGCCCAGCUGGGGGCUCCCCGCCCUGCUAAGGGGGUGCUGCCUAGGAGGGUUCCCCGCGGGCCCCGGCAGGAUGCACGCCGCCCUAGCGGGUCCGCUGCUCGCCGUCCUCCUCGCCACCGCCCGCGCCCGCCCGCAGCCCCCGGACGGAGGACAGUGCCGGCCGCCAGGAUCGCAGAGGGACCUGAAUUCUUUCCUGUGGACUAUUCGGCGUCACCCCCCAGCCUACCUGUUUGGCACCAUCCAUGUCCCCUACACCCGCGUUUGGGAUUUCAUCCCUGACAACUCCAAGGCGGCCUUCCAGGCCAGUGCCCGUGUCUACUUCGAGCUGGACCUGACAGACCCCUAUACUAUCUCUGCACUGGCCAGCUGCCAGCUAUUGCCGCACGGAGAGAACCUGCAGGAUGUGCUGCCCCGAGAGCUCUACUGGCGCCUGAAGCGCCACCUGGACUAUGUGAAGCUGAUGAUGCCAUCAUGGAUGACUCCUGCUCAGCGGGGCAAGGGGCUCUACGCGGACUACCUGUUCAACGCCAUUGCAGGCAACUGGGAGCGCAAGAGGCCUGUGUGGGUGAUGCUCAUGGUGAACUCUCUCACGGAGACAGACGUGCGCUCCCGUGGUGUGCCCGUGCUGGACCUCUACCUGGCCCAGCAGGCUGAGAAGAUGAAGAAGAGCACAGGGGCUGUGGAGCGGGUGGAGGAGCAGUGCCAUCCACUCAAUGGGCUCAACUUCUCCCAGGUGCUGUUUGCCCUGAACCAGACCCUGCUACAGCACGAGAGCGUGCGGGCUGGGAGCCUGCAGGUGCCCUACACCACAGAGGACCUCAUCAAGCACUACAACUGUGGGGACCUCAAUGCCGUCAUCUUCAACCACGACACGUCCCAGCUCCCCAAUUUUAUCAACACUACCCUCCCACCGCAUGAGCAAGUGACAGCCCAGGAGAUUGACAGCUACUUCCGCCAGGAGCUCAUCUACAAGAGGAAUGAACGCAUGGGGAAGAGGGUCAUGGCGCUUCUGCAAGAGAAUGAAGACAAGAUCUGCUUCUUUGCCUUCGGAGCAGGUCACUUUCUAGGGAACAACACUGUCAUUGAUGUCCUGCGGCAGGCAGGGCUGGAGGUGGACCAUACUCCUGCAGGGCAGGCCAUCCACAGCCCUGCUGCUGGGAGCCCAGUGCCCCCUCCUGAGGGGACCUCAGCCAGCCCUGCCCCAGCUACCCCAGCUGCCGCUGUCCCUGCAGCACCCUCAGUGACCCCCACCACCCCGCCUGAGGAGGAUGACCCAGCCCUGUCCCCGCACCUCCUGCUCCCUGACAGCCUCAACCAGCUGGAGGAGUUUGGACGGCAAAAGAAGUGGCACAAGAGACAGAAUAAACACCAGCGACCGCGGCAAUUCAAUGACCUCUGGGUCCGCAUCGAGGACAGCACCACCGCCUCGCCACCCCUGCUGCCCCUCCAGCCCACCCCCAGCUCUGGGACCGCCAAGACCCCCUUCCAGCUCUCGGACCAGCCCCAGCAGCAGGACCCAGCAGGGCCCGCCAGCAGCUCAGCGCCCACCCUGGGCCUCCUCCCCAUCCUCACCGCCACUGUGGUGGCCCCCUUCCUGCUGCACAACCUGGGGCCCUCCUGACUUCCGCCACCCCGUGCAGAAGCCAGAGAAACAACACGAGGGUCCUCGGCCACACCCCACCGCUCUGGGGCAGUCCAGUCGGGACCCAUUAGAACACUAGAGCUUUAUUUUACCCAAGUUACAUCUUCUUUUUUGUAGAAGGUCUUAAUUUCCCAUAGUGCUAUGGGGCUCUUUUGUAAAAUAUGUGUCCAUAUUAAAAGAGAAAAAUGUAUUUAUUCUACCGAUAAAACUAUUUUUAUGUGGCCUAUGUUAUAACUCCUGAAGUAGCCCCAACAUCAUCAACCUCAGGGGUGGGGAUCCCCGGUUGUCAAGACAUCUAUGACCUCGUGUGGACCGUGGCUGUCAACCGGCUUGCUCCUGGAUGGCAGAAGCCUCCUGACUCUAGCUUGGCUUCUCCCACUGCGGGAGCUCCGAGGGUGGGGCAAGCAAAUAGGCUUAGCUUUUGUGAAGCUGGAUUUGGGGAGCCGGAAGUGUGAACGCUGGCCAUCCUUCCCUCCCCUGGAUGCAUCCCGGGGCCUGGAAGACACAUUGAGAAAAAGAAUGCUGCUAUUUUAAAACCCCUGAGCGUCUGUGAACUGGCCCUCCAGACCUCUCGGUGAGUAUUUCAACCAAAGUGCAGGGGUGCGGAGGGAGGUGUUCCCAGUGCCACAGAGAAGAUGCCACAGUGAGAUCCAAAGGGAGCGAGUUGGGGCUGCCCAAGAUCGGGAUGCCAAUGGGAGAGCAAAACACAGGUCUCCGGGCCUCUGUCUGGCACUGUUGUUCCAGCUUGGGUUAAAGAAGGGCUGUUGAAGACUCGGCUAAGUAAAACCAACUGGGCUUAAAGAAAGAAAUGGGUAUAGAAGGCAAUUUCAGGGACAGGGAUCUAGGGGUCACCUGUUAUGAUAAUGACAAUGGUGAUGGAGCUGCCAUUUGUCCAAAUCCUACAGCAUGGCGGGCACUUGACACAUUCACUUCAUCACGGAUCCUCAUGCCAGUGCUGAGAUGUGAUGAUUUCCAUUUCACAGAUGAGAAAACUGAGCCCCACCCCCAAAGAGGUGAAGGAACUUGGGCAAGGUCACCCAACUCUAGAUCUGUGUGACACAAAAGUGAUUCUUGUCUUGCGGUCCAUGUUCUCUCUGCCCAGGGAAGCUCUAAAGGAGGCAGAGCUCACCAAACUGGGACAUGCCCAAGGUACAACCCUUCCCAUGACAGCCGAGUGACCAUUUGACUAGUUAUUCCUAUUGGUCUCUAUGACCUAAGAGCUUAGGCAACAGCAUGUGCUACGUGUCCUAUGCCCCGACUUGUCAAAUCUUGGAGCCAAGGAGAGACUUUCCUGCCAAACCAGAGGCUGGAAGUGGGGUACAACCAGGAGGGCCCUGAAAGACAGAGCAGCGAUGUGGGGACAGGCAGGCAGCUGAGACUAAGACAGACUUAGCCAACCCCUCUGUACCCAAGGUGGUGGCUCAAGAGACAGAGAACCCAGGUAGGCUGACUCUGAGCCCUGACCUCUCAGCUGAUCUGGGGCUCACUAAUUAUAUUCAGAGUCCUAGAUCUUGCAAAAGGGGGGAAGAAAAAAAAACUCUCACUUGAUAAAUCAUAAUAAUAGUAAGAGCAAUAAUGAGGCCCAGAGGAGGGCGACACUUUUCCAAGGCAACACAGCUAGACAGGCCUACUGACUCCAGCCCAGUGCUACUCAGCUUCUCUAUAUAUAGUUUUCCUGGCAGACUUGGAGGUAUCUGAUUGGCCCCAGUGUCAUUAGGCCCAGUUUGACAUCUGUCUCUGUUCUGAGGCAGCAAAAUUUGGGACCACUUGUUGGAUGGCCAGAGGUUUCGCUGACAUCCUGGCAGGCAACUGAAUUCUUUCUAGCUCAGUCCCAGCGGACGAGUUUGAGCCUGAGACCUGGCAGGAGCUAGGAUCUCUGCUUCAGAGAGUCCAUCCCAGCCCCAUGGGCACCAAGCUCUAAACUGAACUUGACCUCAGCCAGGACUGGAGUCAGUUUAUGUUUGGCAAAAAAAAAAAAAAAAAAAAAAGUGACUUCCUAUUUCUGAGCAGGAAAGGGC